AUGCCUUUCACCUUCAUUCUCACCUUCACCGUAUCAUUGGUUGCUGCUUUAGAUGAAGAAUGCGCUCGAUGUGACUUACGGUCGUCCUACUGUAAAAUCUGGGACGAUGGCACGAAAACGUGUGCAUGUCGUGAAGGCUUUCAACAGCUUGCAAACGGCACUUGUGAAAUGACUAAACAAGCAACUACUCAGAUUGAUGAUCCUCUCGAGGAGCCUUUUUGUGUGCUUGGUCAAGCUGAGAAGGCUGCAACGAGGAUCUUGACCGAGCUGCUGUCGAAAUACGAUAGAAAUUUGGUGCCAAAAAUGAAAGGUGUCGACGUGGACGUUGAACUGCUUAUUCAACGAGUCUCAGAGAUUUCUGAAAUCCAAUCCGCCUCUACAAUGCAUAUCCUCUUCAGUCAAAUAUGGCAUGAUCCAGGCUUAUCAUUUGAGCAUGAAGAGGGAGCUCAGUGCCUCACAAAUCUGUCAUUAUCUCAUCGAAUGGUCGACAACAUUUGGCUGCCGAAUGUUUGUAUAGUUAAUAGCAAAGGCUCGGUAAUCCACAAAAGCCCGACACCGAAUAUUUUUCUUGCAAUUUUCCCAAAUGGAACUGUAUGGAUGAAUUACCGGAUCGUUGUCGAGUCUCCGUGCGAAAUGGAUUUCAGCUUCUUUCCAAUGGAUCGAGUUAUGUGCACGACAAUCUUCGAGAGUUACUCGUUUAAUGUCGGCAAGGUACGACUUCAUUGGAAACGGCAAGGUCAACCGGUUGAAUUCAUAGACGAAGUGAAACUGCCCGAUUUUCACAUGACCACAUUUAUACAUGAAAAAGCGACUUUUCAGUAUCCUGCAGGAGUAUGGGAUCAGCUGAAUAUAAAGCUAUUCUUUCGACGAUCAUACGGGUUUUAUAUUCUUCAAAUAUAUCUCCCUACUUACUGCAUGGUACUGAUUAGUUGGAUUUCAUUCUGGUUGGAUCGUAAAAGUCUUCCAGCCAGAGUAACUCUUGGUGUUUCUUCACUUAUGGCUCUUACUUUGCAGUACAGUAACGUAGCUCGAAGUUUACCUAAGGUGUCUUAUGUGAAAGGCUUGGAUCUUUUUAUGUUCGGCUGUGUCGGGUAUAUUUUCUUAUCCAUAGUCGAACUGGCAGUGGUUGGAACACUCGAGAACAAUAAACCAAGAUCCAAUGAAGAUUUUAUGACCGAGGAAGAGAUCAAAAAGAAUGGUCCAAGAAGAGAGUGCGAAUCGAAUUGCGGUUCUCCAGAGGAGUGGCAGAAACCGUCAUGGCAAGACCGGACAUAUGUAGAAUGUCCCGAACCGAAACCUCCAGAAAGUAAUUCACCUCCGGAUCUUGAAGCUGACACCAAUAAUCAGAUGUUGGUCUUCGUCCGACAGCGGAAGGCGUCUAGACGGCGACGAAAACGUUUAGUUUCCGGGCGACUGUUCCAUAAAUGGAGUGGGGAAGAUAUGGACAGGCAAAGUGACGAAUGA